AUGAUGCCAGAAAUAUUUGCAAGACGACUCAUCGUAACAAUCAAUAAUAGCACCAGUCCGUUAGGUUUUUUAAAUAAGGUCAAAUUCCAGGAAGAAAUCCAUGUGUUAAUGAGCUCACGACGACAACGCUGUAUCUUUGGAAUUUCCGUGAACAAGCUCAAUGAAACUUUUGACUUGCAUGACUACAAAAAGAAUGAAGAGGGUAAGAGUAAAAUAAGUAUAUGCAAUAAUUUUUAG